CCUUCGUUUACUUCCGGAUGUCAAUCAGUUUAGUGUGAAACGGUGUAAUGAAAGGGGCAGAAAAUUCAACGAAAUUAUAACACAGGCUCAAAAUGGUACAAAAGUACCAGUCACCCGUAAGGGUGUACAAAUAUCCCUUUGAGCUUGUGAUGGCGGCAUAUGAGAAGCGUUUUCCGACAUGUAAAAUGAUACCUGUUUUUCUCGGGAGUGAUAUUAUAUCGGAGACAAAAAGUGAAGACGGUGCAGACCAUGUCGUAGACAGGAGGUGUCGUCUUAACGUGGAUGCUCCGUAUAUCCUGAAGAAGAUAGCAGGAGUCGAUCAUGUUGUGUUCCGCCAAGUGAAUGCCUUGGACCGACGUAACCGUACUCUGCGGAUAGAUGCCCACAACGAGAGCUUUGCUAACAGGGUCAUCAUUAAGGAGAGCUGCUUCUACUCAGUACAUCCGGAGAAUUCGGACUGGACAUGUUUCGAACAGAGUGCCAGUCUGGAUAUAAAGUCUUUCUUCAACUUUGAAAACAUGGUGGAAAAAAUUGCCAUGAAGCAAUAUGCUGCAAAUAUUAAAAAGGGCAAGGAAGUGAUAGAGUAUUACAUCAAUGAGUUGAUCAGCGAGGGAGUGUCAACCAUUCCACGCUGGCAGCCACCAGAGGGCCACAAGUCCAAAGGAAUUGAGAUUCCAAGUUCCGAGGACACUCCUUCUCAAGACAGUGGACUCCGAAGUCGCACCAACAGCUCUGGGAGUCAGCACAGUCGUAGCAGCGUGUCCAGUCUAGUGCUGGGAGCUUCAGCAGCCACCAUCAAGUCACCCGUCUCAGACGGACCUUCGUCGCCAGAUAAGUUGGAGGAUGUGUACAUUGAGAGAUACUUGGGGAAUCUGUCCUUGGUUCAGGAGAGUGCCCUAGUUCAACUACAGCAGUGGUUACAGAAAACUCACAAAGGAAAGAUACCUAAAGAUGCUCAUAUACUACGGUUCCUGAGAGCGCGAGAGUUCAGUGUGGAGAAAGCCAGGGAGAUGCUGGUCCAUUCUCUGGCCUGGAGGAAGCUACACAGUAUUGAUAAGCUGCUGGAGACCUACACACCUAGUGAGGUCCUACUGCAGUACUACAGCGGCGGCUGGCAUUACUCAGAUAAAGAUGGGAGGCCCCUCUAUGUGCUAAAAUUGGGUCAGAUGGAUGUAAAGGGACUGAUGAGAUCAGUGGGAGAAGAGGCCAUCUUAAAGCAUGUUCUUUACGUCAAUGAGGAGGGGCUGAGGAGAGCAGAUGAGGCCACCAAGUCCAGGGGUUACCCUGUCAGGUCACAUGAUGGUUUGUUUCCAAGUGCCUGCACAUGCAUAGUUGACCUAGAGGGUCUCAGUAUGAGACAUUUAUGGAGGCCCGGAAUCCGGGCCCUUCUCCGUAUCAUUGAGGUGGUGGAGGCUAAUUACCCAGAAACCAUGGGAAGACUCUUAAUUGUCAGGGCUCCCCGAGUGUUUCCCGUUUUAUGGACCCUUAUAAGCCCUUUCAUUGAUGAAAAUACUCGUCAAAAAUUCAUGUUUUAUGGAGGAAAUGAUUAUCAAGAGCCAGGUGGACUUAGAGAUUUUAUUGAUGAAAAAUAUAUUCCAGACUUUUUAGGAGGCCACUGCUAUUGUGAUGUUCCGGAUGGUGGUUUGGUUCCUAAGUCCCUGUACAAAGAAGAGUAUCAGGACAAGUCUCCAGAGGGCCCCCCACUCAGUGUAGACAGCUGUUAUAACACUAGUCAUGUAGUCAAGGACUUUCCCCAUGAGGUCAUGAUUCAAGUACCUCAGAGAGGUUCUGUGAUAACCUGGGACUUUGACAUUCUGAAAGGUGAUGUCACCUUCACUGUGUUGCGCUGUAAGCGGUCGAUAUCGGCGGAUCCAGUCCACCAACAUCACGUCAGUGCGGCCACUGGUGGGAUAGGGUCUGUGCAGUACAUUGACAAAAACAUGCAGGUUGGCCCAGAUCUGAGUAUUGUGGAACGACCCCUUAUUUGUAGAGACGGGGAUAGUGUACAGGGAUCUCAUGUUGUCAGUGAAUCGGGAAGUUACAUUUUACAAUGGAAGUACUUUGACUCAGCCAAGACUUCCUUUGAUUUUACCCUCGCUCCUCAUAAAUCUAAAGUCAUGUAUCACACAGAAUUGCUGCGGUCGGAAGCUUUCAGGGGCUCCAUGAGCAGUUUACAGUCAUAUCACAGUGGUUCACUGAGUAGCCGGGCAUCACAGAGCAGUCUGACUGGUUCCUUCAGUGGUCCGGGACCCUCAUCCAAUCCCAACAGGUUGGUUGAGUCAACGAGAUUAUCACGACCCUGAAACCCUGCAGCAAGUCAUAUCCAACAGUUUUGUGGAUGAAUUGUUAACCUUAUAUACUUGUUACGUUUUACCUAUAUUUAUUGACAUGUAGUCGUGAUGUUUUAUACACUGUUUAUACGUUGAAAAAGUACUAAGAUUAUAGUGCAAAAGAUUCAAUCUGUAAAUUCUUGAAUAAGCUCCGAACGAGUUUGUAUAUAGAUGACAAGUAUUGCACUUUAUAUCAGAGUUGUUUGCUUUGUUUGCACUAACUCUCAUCUACAUAGAAGAAGAGGUAGCUCAGUCUCUUGGCUAAAGCUUUUUUGGCAUGGUUACUUAGAAAAACUGAAAUGUCAGUUGACAGCAAUUUCAUGCGAGUGCCAUAUUAGAGAGGGAAAGAGAGAAAAGAAAAGCAGAUGAUUUGAAUGAAGAUCUCAGAAAACCUUCAAGUAUUCUUGAUGGCUGCAUGACCAAAAAAAUAUCAGUGCAAUGUGUAGGGUAAAUAAAGAUAUCUAAGUAAUAGGUGAUAGUUUUUAGAGAUAUCCAGGAUAUCAUUAGGUGUAUAUUUAGGAGAUCACAAUGUACAUUGUAUAUCUAGUGCUUGAAUAUGAGUAGUGGAGAGAGAGAGACUGGAGGGUGUGAUACAUUUCAUAGUGCAACACUGUAAAAGUAUUCAUAACUGAAAAGAUACUGUGAAAGAAGCCUUCAGACUUCUCAUUGCAUUUCUUCAUUGUGUAAAUUAUUUUCAUGAAUUUUUAGAAAAUAAUCUGUUUCAGUGGUAUGCUCUAUCUUCCAUUGUGAGUACAUAAGGAUGAAAGUUUUAUUGUUUUAACUGUUUAAAUCAUAACACAUCAGUUACAUUGUUUUAUUGUGUUAACAUGUAUCAAACCAUGAGGUAAUGGAAAGGUUAAUUCAAAAUUAUCCCACUUAUCCAAGUUAUGAAAUUAGAUAAACUCUAAAACAAUUAAUGAGUUGGGGGUUGAUUCUGUCAUGAAUGUAAGCUUUUUGUAAACAGUUAACAUUGUUAUCAAAAUGAUUGUUUCUGGUUGGGCAUAUAUUUUUUAUCUAACACAAAUUUAAGGGCACAAAGGUAAAUAUUUCAUUUGUUGGUUUGUUAUGGCUCUGAAUUCUGGAGUUUUUCGAAAUGCAGCGAUUGUAUAUUUUUAAUUAUUUUAUUAGUGCAUUCUAAGGUAGCAUUAUAUGUUAUCCUCUUUGUAUUAUUCCAAUAACAGUUUGCCAAAACAUUCAGAGAGAUGAUUUUGAUUGUGCUGAAUACAAGUGUAUUACUUUUUACUUUUUUUUCCAAGACUGACCAAAGAGUUCUUGAAAGAAUUUUUAAUUUGUUUUCAUAUUCUUUUCAUUUUUUACACUGAUCUUCUGAGUCAAUAGUUGAUUUUGGAGGUUUUAUACCAGUAUACUCAAGAAGGACAAUUUCCAUUUUGAGCAUUCAUUUCGUAUUUUUUGUCAGUCUAGUCUUGAUUCUAGCAUUUAUUGUAUGUAAUUGAAAACAACUCAAUUUCUCAGCACAUACAAAAAAUACGAUGGAUUAUCCAAAGAGAUUUUAUUUUAACCCUCUGGUAUUGUGAUUAAAAUUUCUGGCCUGUUAGUUGUCGCCUUAAUCAUGAUUUUAUUACAUGUAAUAUGUUGGGUAUAAGAGGUUAUUUUCAUAUCCAUCUAUGAAAAAAGAGGAAAUCGUGGGAAAACUGCUGUACUUAGAAGCAUGAUGCAUAGUUUUGUUUCCUUGUUAAUAGUUUUUAUGCCAAAAAACACAGUAUAUUCAUACUUUUCAUGUUAAAAUGCAGCUAGUGGUGAUUUGCCAAUUUAUAGGGGAAAGACUAUCAACUGCUACAAAUAAAAGUUUCUUAAAUACAUAAUAGGAUUGGGUUCCUUUUUACUUAUGUUUUAUUUUCAGUAUUUGAAGUAUUUUAUGGACUCAAAAGUUUGAUGCAGUUCUUGAAAGGAGAGAAUAUUGUUAGUGUUACUAACUUAAAUCAUCACAUGGUAUUAAUUUUGUUGUAUGAAAUUAUGCUUAUGGAAUCUCUUCUCACAAAUUUGAAGACAUCACAUUAUCCAACCUGUAUUUUUCUGUUUUUACUUUGUAUAUUAUGAUUAUUUUUCUUCUGAGGCAUUACAAGUAUUCAUAUUAUUCAUAUCAAUUAACCAGACCAAAUUGUAUACAUAACUGCAACCAAAUAACAGGAUUUUGUCAUUGAAGAGGCGAAUGGUUUUUACUGUAUUAUGCAAAAUCGUCAAUGUUUGUAUGUAUACAUCUAGGUUUGAUAAACUAACGAGGAAUUUAAGUCCUGGUUUACUCACAAAUUGACCCCAAAAAGUACAUGCAAGGAAAUUAAUUUUUAUUGAUUUAUUGAGAGUAUCAGUUCAAGAAAAAUUAUGUUUAUGGCAAAAAUACAUGGACAUAAUCCAACACCAAAUAAUACUACAUUUCUUGCUUUUAAAGUGUGUAUUGUAUACAGAUACUGUGAUGGACAUUGGCCAGUGUUUUAGUGUGUAUGUAUGUAUGAAUGGCUACUGUGGUGUGUAGUUACAUAUCUGUAUAGAUGGUAGACUCCCAGAGUUCUAUAAUGUCAUCACAUCAGAUCACCAGAGAUGCUGUACAUUUGAUCUUAUUGUUAUUGUGUGUGUUAUUACAGAAUCAUUCAAACUUCACCAGACAGCAAUAGGAAUCCAAUGUUGUUUAAGAAUAAAAUUAAAGAAAACUUUU